CAAACCAGUUCUGUUGCAAAGCCUAAUCGGUAUAGUCGAGAUGGUUCACUUUGUUUCGCUGGGUUUCACAAAGCUUCUUCCCCGCUGAUAAACCUCUUCUUCCAGCUCAGUCUCGCCAAUCUCGGUGUUCUUCCUUUUGACGUAUGUCAAUUUCAACUUUAACUUUUCCUCUAGAUUUAGAAUGUGGCUUGAUCAGGGGCAACUGCUACUCCUAUUCCACUAACCAAUCCAGCAACAAUCUGCCAAUUGAAUAGAUGCCACGGGAGCUGGUGAAUCAAAAUCCAAACAGGAACAAUGGUUGUCUCUUCUUCAGCUUUAAAAUCAGGAGUCCAUUUAAGAACUUGCAUUGGUGAAUCUCCAAUAUCAAUUUACUCUUUAGUGAACACAUGACUAUAAUUGACUUCAUUAUCAAAAUCCAAAUAAACAUGUUUUGGAUCGAAAUAAGCAAUUUUAACAGUCCCAGAAAGAUGAAACUUACUAACAAAGGUCUUAUGGAUUUCCUCCAUGCUGGGCUUCCCGCGACAAAACUUACCGAUUAUAGUGAGUCUGCAUUGUUUAGCAAGAUUGAUGAAAUAAUCUUCAGCUUUGAAGAACACUGCAGGUUUGCCAAGGGGUUAUUCCGAAGUAAGAUUGGGUCAAUAAAAUCGUUAUUUGUUUCCAGAAUGAGGAGAAGAUUCCCUAUUUUCAGUAUUGGUCGUUUAUAUUGUACAGGGAAUGCAGAGGCGGCGCCUCAAUUGUCAAUUGACCUCAUUAAAAUAAUGGACCAAAGGUUAUCAGCAAUUGAGAACAGGAAUGCUCACCUUGAGCGUUUUUUAGAUCAGCCUGAAUUGACACCUUCUGAAUAUUCUACGGCCAACAAAGAGCUCAGGAAGCUCAGAGAUUCAGUACAUCUCAUAAGCGAGUUAAGGGCAAAACAGCAGGAGAUUAAGGAACUGAAAUCAGUAAUAUCUGAUUGUCAAGAUGACAAAGACAUGCAACAGAUGGCUUCUGAAGAAUUAAGUGAAGCCACAGAAGGAGAGAAGAAAUUUCAGUUUCUCCUUCUGAAGUCAUUACUACCCAAAGAUGAUGCUGAUGAGAGGGACUGCAUUCUUGAAGUGAGGGCAGGAACUGGAGGGGAAGAGGCUUCUUUAUUUGCGAUGGACAUAUUCAAAAUGUAUGAAAAAUACUCUGUGAAAAAAGGCUGGAAGUAUGAGGUUCUAGAAAUAGCUGAGUCUGAUCUUAAAGGAUACAAGGAAGCUAUUGCUUCUAUCUCUGGAGCUGGUGUGUACGGGAAACUAAAAUUUGAGAGUGGAAUACACAGAGUUCAGCGGGUGCCCGUGACAGAGAAAGGUGGACGUGUUCACACCAGUGCUGUCUCUGUUGCAAUUCUCCCGCAGGCAGAUCAGCUAGAUGUGAAGUUAAGGAAUGAAGAUUUGAAAAUGGACACUUACAGAUCAGGGGGAUCAGGAGGUCAGCAUGCAAACACCACAAACAGUGCUGUUAGAAUCACUCACGUGCCAUCAGGAAUAACUGUUUCCAUACAAGAUCAACGCUCCCAGCAUAUGAACAAGGCCAAAGCACUAAAAAUAUUAUGUGCAAAACUAUAUGAAAUAGAGCGACUCAGCAAUCAGUCAAGUAGAUCGAAACUUCGAUUGGAGCAGAUUGGGAGUGGGGACAGAUCAGAGCGGAUCCGCACCUAUAAUUUUCCUCAAGGACGGGUUACUGAUCACCGUGUUGGCAUCACAACUCAUUCCAUAGAUGAUGUUCUCCAGGGAGAAGAUUUGGAUGCUUUUAUUGAUGCUCUCCUAUUGCGGCAGGAAAUGGACGCGAUUGCAUCAUUCAGCUCCACGUAAUGUUAGCUUAAAACAGUAUGGCUAGUUACCCUUUAUUGAUCUUCCUUUGGUGGAGGGAUUGUGCAGUGAUAAAUUGUUGUUUCCAUUGUGGUUGAAGCUGUUAUAAGAGCAGCAGUUUUUAAACCUUUCAAUACAUUAGAAUGGAGGGAAGAAGUUAAUACGUUUUAGGUUAGGGAAAGCUGAAAAAUAAUGUACGACUCGGCAGCUCCUUUUCUUUCUUUUCCUUGCGAGACCGGAAACAUCUGAAAUUGCUACUACAUUCUGUGUGGGGUUGGUAGGACACUCAUAAGUUUUUUGUAGUGGAUUUGGUAGGGAUACAAGUCAUUUUCAUGAAAUAGAUGUAUUUUCCAGUAUUUGGUUUGUCAGGAAAAUAUUGUCCUCAAAUACCAUAUGAUUUGAAGAUCACAAAUAUUAUUAGCA